GGCCCCGGCCCCGCCCGCUGCUGCCCCCGGGUGCUCGGCGGCAGCGAGACGAGCCGCGGCCAUGGAGGCGGGCCCGGUUCCGGAGAGCGUUGCUGAGAAGUGCCCCCUGGCGCCGGAAGACGUGGAGCCCAGCAGCGGGGUGUACUCCUGCUUCAUGAAGUCCCAUCGCUGCUAUGACCUGAUCCCCACCAGCUCCAAGCUGGUCGUCUUCGACACCUCCCUGCAGGUGAAGAAAGCCUUCUUCGCGCUGGUCACCAACGGCGUGCGGGCCGCCCCGCUCUGGGACAGCAAGAAGCAAAGCUUUGUGGGGAUGCUGACCAUCACUGACUUCAUCAACAUCCUCCAUCGCUACUACAAGUCGGCCAUGGUUCAAAUCUACGAGCUGGAGGAGCAUAAAAUUGAAACGUGGCGAGAGGUGUAUCUGCAAGACUCCUUCAAACCGCUGGUCUGCAUCUCCCCCAAUGCCAGCCUCUUCGACGCCGUCUCCUCGCUGAUCCAGAACAAGAUCCACCGGCUGCCCGUCAUCGACCCGGACUCGGGGAACACCCUCUACAUCCUCACGCACAAACGCAUCCUCAAGUUCCUCAAGCUGUUUAUAACGGAGGUCCCGAAGCCGGAAUUCAUGGCCAAAACCCUGGAGCAGCUGAAGAUCGGCACCUACGCCAACAUCGCCCUGGUGCACCCCAACACGCCGCUCUACAUGGCGUUGGGCAUCUUCGUGCAGCACCGCGUCUCCGCCCUGCCCGUGGUGGACGAGUCAGCGAGUGCAGCUCCCCCGUUCACCCCCCAUCCCCAGAACCUGGCGGCCGAGAAGACGUACAACAACCUGGACGUGACGGUGACGCAGGCGUUGCAGCAUCGCUCGCAGUACUUCGAGGGGGUGCUGAAGUGCUACAAACACGAGACCCUGGAGACCAUCAUCAACCGCCUGGUGGAGGCCGAGGUCCACAGGCUGGUGGUGGUGGACGAGAACGAAGUGGUGAAGGGCAUCGUCUCCCUCUCUGACAUCCUGCAGGCGCUGGUGCUCCCGGGCGGGCCCUGGCCCUGAGGGGGGCGCCCCGCUGCCUGUCUGAGACUGUCGCCGAGGCAGGGCUCUGAGUGACAGGGACCAAGGAUGCCAGGCCCCCCCGGCCACCCAUCACGCGCUGGCCUUGCCACUGCUCCACCAGCAUCACGCCUCCCGAGCCAGCUGCACUCCAGCCCCAAGCCAGCAAUAAACCCACCCAGUUCCCCCAGGCAGGCUGGGCUGCUCCAUCCACAGGGAGUGGGGCAGGGCUGGGCCCCCAGGCCCCACCAGCGCGACAACGCCAUGUGUGGGGCAUCACUCGGCCGGGGGCACCCUGCACGGGUGCUGCCAGCCCCUCCUGAAAGGGCCAGGGAAGCCCUGUGUGAUGAGCUGCCCCCCGGUGCUGGACCUGGUCCCCUUUCUGUGCCCUGGGGCCCUUUGUCUAGCCCCCGGGGGCUGGAACAGUUUCCUUAUUUCAUCCCCCACCCCCCAGGGCUCAGAUUUCAACCAGUUCCUGCCCUGCAGUGCCACAUGGCCCUGCCCCCGGGCAUCUGAAAC